AUGCAAUUCUUCUCCCUGCAUUGGGUGUUUACUCUAGAACCUCUUUGUGCUCUAUUUCAUGACCCCCCUAUUCCCAGUGCUGGUGAACAAGUCCAAGAACCUGGUCACGACAAUACCUCCCUCACUCCCAUUGACUCAAACCUCACCUCUCUCGCCUCAAAUGACUCAAGCUCAGACUUGACCGCCCUCCGGAUAGCACACACAACCCGCAAAGAGGCCCUAGACCAACGUGAGCUCGGGCUGGCGGCUAGACAGGAGAGGAUCGAGGGAAUGGAUGAGAGGGUUAGGGAGGUGCAGAAGGUUGCUGGGUAUCAUGAGGAGGCGGUGGGGCAACAGGAGAAGGCGGUUGGGCGGAGGGAGAAAGAGGCGGAGAAGAGGGAGAGGGCGGUUGAGAGGAGGGAGCGGGGGAUAGAAUCAGAGGUUGAAGAACGUUCUAAACGGGUUCAAGAGCUCGAGGAAACACGUGAUGCUCGACAUGGUGCUCUCGACACGUCCACUUUGUCGCAUUCAUGGCCCAUUACUCUUCUUCGAUCUGUGGUCUUCCGUGUAUUAGGCGACAAGACGUCUUUGUUCCUCUUUCCCUCCCCUAACCCAAGUUCUUCUAUCCAAAACUCGAAUGCUCCCACCACCACCACCCCUAAAGAAGACCCAGACGCGACUGGGAAGCGCGACGCGAUCUGUACCUUUCAACAGGCGGACGGGGGAGUCACCUCAUACUUCUGGGGAUUGGCGUGUGCUUGUGAGGAGGUUGACUGGGGUUGGGAUUUCGAGUUGGUUGAAGAGGAGGAGCAGGAGGUAGUGUUGCUUACUGCUUGA